GACUGAACCACAGAUAUCCUCUGAAAAAGCCCAAUUCCUGGCGCGUUGUCACACAUCCCACCCUGAGCACAUAAAGCACGAGGCACCAAGGCUUCGUCCACGGAUGGCUGAAGUCACGUUCGGAAGGAUAUACAGAGGUAGUGGUGCUCAGACAUUGCAAUCCCCUUCCGAGAUACCGUCUAUCUCAAGUCUAGACUCGGCAUUUCAGAUUCAGGAGUACAUCUCAUUACUCAUCCGACACGAUGCUCAUGAUGUGAAGAAGAUUAUCACCAUCCCAUCGACAUCCGGCGCGUCGAAUGUCUGUGUUGAUCCGCUGGAGAGGGGGAUUGAUGAGGAUACGACAGAUGCUAGCGUUGGUGUGAGUGAGCAGCCCGUGGAGGGGAAGGUUUCUGGCGGUGACAGUGCCGAGGAUGCCUUAAGUGGGGAUGAGGACAGGGCUGCCGAUGAGCAAUGCUGGAUUUAUGAGCAAUUGAGACGAGUUGCGCAGGAUUUGUCCCAUCCUCUUGUCUCCACGCUUCAACAAGAAUGUAAUCGAUCCACAUGUCCAGAGAUGAAGGCAGACGAGUGGAUGUAUCUAUGUGUUGCUCAUAGUGGCGGCACUCCAGUGGAACAAUGCUGUGCUAUAGAUUAUAUCGUACAUACGCUUGACAGCGCAACUGCGCUGUUGAACUCGCCUCGCGCUUUCCCUUCACGGAUAUCAAUACCCAAUCCUUCUCGCAAGCAUUUCCUUUCCCUUGCCCGCCGGCUAUCGCGGAUAUUUGCCCAUGCUUACUUCCAUCAUCGUGAGGCGUUCGAGCAAUGUGAGGCUGAGACCUCGUUAUGCUCAAGGUUCCACGAACUUUGCCGGAAGUUCGACCUUGUACCAGUUGAAUUUCUAGUUCCACCCAAAUCGGCUCAUCUUCCCUCUCCAAACCCACCCACAUCCAUAACAAAAGAAAUAGACACCGACUUUGACCGCAACAUCGUCGUUACUUAUCAUUCGUCGUCUUCACACUCAAUGUCGUCCGACGAUCGCCUUCAAUCACCUUCCAAUUCUGGGGAUAUGGGUGGCAGAUUGACACGAACUGACACGAUGUUCCUGUCAUCCGAAUCGCUGGAGCAGACUCUUAAUGCGGACAGGAACACGUGGGGAUCGGACACGCUCAACAUCCCCUUACAACUGCCGAACACGGAGGAUGAAUUUGGUGAAGAGGACGAGGAUGAAGAUGGCGAUGAAGGUGACGAAGAUGGCUAUGAUAUCAUCGAGGGCGUGCACCGUGGACAGCUAAACCAGAUAGACGAAGGACCAGAAGACGUCGUUGUAGAUGAGAUGGACGGUAUUGGUGCUAAUCUUCCCUUGAUCGAUACUACGAGAGGUAUUACUACUGAAGACCAUGCCAAGUCUACAUCCACAAUGGAAAGUGCAUCCGCUCUUCCUCUCCUAACUUCCACCUCUCCUCCAACCACUUCACACUCGCCAGGCAGUUCUUUCAGCCACGGAUCUCCCACUGUUUCGGUUACCCUGCCUCAUAGUUCCCCUUCUUCGGCUGCCAGGAGGUCACCCAGGCGUAAAGAUACGGUGCGUCAAAUUGACGUAUCACCCAUCUUAACGACCCGACCGGAACUGGCACCAGAGGAAGAUGAGAGCGAACCUCUCACACUUCCCGGUGGAAUACCCGUGUAUCCAAGGGUGGCUGACACUCCAAGCAUGGUGGCUCUCCCUCUUUCUACGAAUUCGCAUCAGGCGAAACCAUCGCCGGUUGGUCAAGUGGAAGAGGAGGACGAAGAAGAAAGUGUGGAAGAAGUGGACCUGGCUGGGCCAUAUUCCAACGACGAUUAAGCACCCCACUCUUCAAGUCUUCAUUUGGGUUUAUUGCUGUUCACUCCCUUUCAUGCUAAAGCCUGAUCCAUCGUAUCGUGAGGAUCAUGAAAUUGUAACUUUGUCUUUCCUU